AUGGACAAAGUGUAUUUCAACUCCUACUGUAAUCUAUCUGUGGCGGAUGCCAGCGACAGCACUGAAGGCCUUUUUCGGUCUCGUCAGCCUCAGUUCUGCGGGCCCAUCAACUUUAAGGCUGACCUUAGCCGUGCGGAACCAGAUACCGAACCUGUAGAUUAUGUCUUGCACGAGGGUAUUUUCUGGAGACGUCACGUACUGGAUGCAAAGCUUAACAGCAGGGGGUGGGUUUUCCAAGAGAGGCUUCUCGCGCCACGGAUCCUUCACUUUUGUCGCUAUCAGCUGUUCUGGGAGUGUCGGGAACUUGGCGCUUGUGAAACAUCCCCAGAAGAGAUGUCAUCACGUGUAAGCCAAGGUCAUGACAUGAAAAAGGUCUGGCAAAAAAACGCCUCAAACGCCGCGGACUUCUAUCUAAGCUUCUGGUAUCGGCAGGUCGUCGGUUACUAUGCAAAUAUGGAUCUAUCAGUACCAAGCGAUAAGCCAAUUGCGCUUUCCGGUAUCGCCAAACACAUAAUGCCUCACAAUGGCGACACCUAUGUCGCUGGUAUGUGGCGUAAGAGUCUUGGAACGCAUCUAUUCUGGGCACCCAUGCCUGAUCCACGUACCUCGCGACCUCAGAUAUAUCGAGCACCUACGUGGAGCUGGGCUUCUCUUGAUGAGCCUAUAACGUUCAUGGAUUUCCCAGAAGAAGAGUGUUUAGUGCAAGUCGAGGAUGUUUCUCUCCAAUACGAGACGGAAGAUAUAACCGGUGCAGUGACGAGUGGAUGGUUGGACUUGCGUGGCUCACUAAAGCCCAUGAAACUAUGCCCAAAGGUCCAUGUGUAUCCGGCAGGUGAACAAUUUGUAUUUCCACCCGUAAAUAUAGCCGUGGUAGUCGAUGGAGCAUUGGUUUGUUCAAACGACAAUAACGGUCGGGAGACUUGGCGAGGUUUUCCCUGGCUAUACUUUGACACUCCUGUGUUCACCGAGACAGCAUUCAACGAUGAUAGCGCGAGUGGCAAUCUCUUUUUCAAGCCAUAUCGAUUAGGGCGAGCCGUGCCUGGUGAACUGGAAGUGGGGGUUCAGGUCGCUUGCUUGAUGCUAAGGCUUGUUGAUAAAGAAAGAAAGUUGUUCGAAAGGAUAGGGUUUGUCAAGGCUAAUUCGUAUCAAGGCAAAGACCAGCUGUUGGUGGAGUUGGACGAAGAAAAGAAGACUCGUCUGCCUUGUCUCCGCUACGAGAACGGGCUUCACACGAUCCGGAUCAUCUAG